AUGGGGAAGGACAAAGCGGACAAGAAUCCGAGCAAAAGGCUGAGAGAAAAUGGCUCGCAAACGGAUGAAGAUGAUGAACAUGUGGGCGUCGGUGGAGUAAUGUCAGCACGCCUCGAGGAAAUGAACACUAAACUAGAUCAAGUUUUAACAGCGUGUGGUGAAAUUGCACUACUAAAAGAUGAAAUACGCAAGCUGAGAUGAAGUAAAGAAUCUAAAACAAUAUUUGCAAUCUGCCGAGGAAGAAAUUGAAAGUCUACAAGAAAGUCAGAAAGAAACUUCUGCACAAGUAAAAGAAAACAAUGAAGACAUUGACUUCUUGUUCGAAGACAUUGGAGCGCUAAGACGCAGAAACAUCAAGUUGGAAGCCUAUACAAGACGUGAGAAUGUAAGAAUUUUCAAUGUCGGGGAAGAAGAGGAUGAAAAUACUGAAGAGCUGGAAAGAAGUGUCUUCGUCGCUAAUUUGAAAAUUCCGGCAGAUAAAGUCAACGAUAUCCGCUUUGAGCGAGUUCACCGAAUCUCCACUAAUAAUUCUAGUCUAAGAGCUCCGUCCUAUCCCAAACCAAUUAUUGCUCGUUUCAGUCAUUAUCAGGACAAAGAAUAUGUUCGCUCCUUCUAUAA